CUUUUCACCAAUCAACCGAGUCAAGGGUUCUUGAUCAGGUGGUCUUGACGGCUCACCGCUUCGGGCACCCAGGGAUGCCUGGCAGUCGAUUGCUUCAGCCUCACUCGGAUAGCCUGGAAUCCACCAUCUUCAACGCCAUCAUCAAAUAUCAUCUACUGGACCCUAGCUUUGCUGGCAAUGACCGGCCAGGAUCGCAAGACGUGAAUCGAGCUAUCGCCACACUCCAAAAACGCUUGCAGCAGCGUGGUAAUGUGAGUCAAUAUGUCUCCUUCAAGCACGUGUCGGCCGAGGAUUUCAGUUUCUUGGAGGAAAGUCGUGAUCAGCUGCGGGGGGCGCGGUCAGUUUUCACCUCCUUCCGGGACUUCGAAACUCUCAUCAUCGAAGUCCCGACAAUUAAAACUGAAAUCGGGAACCGGGGGUUUGAUCAGAUAAUCUCAAUCCAGCUUGCCACGAGCACGGGCAUCAGAUUUAGCGAAUUCAUGCCCUGGGGGCGACGAAGCGGCUUGGCCACACCUUGUCAUAGAAAGCGGAGUCUCGGAUUCGUUUGCCCGGCUGCGUCAAGACACAUCAUGGUUGGAUCAGCAAUUCAGGGGGUGCAGGUGCUUCUUAUUCUGCCCUUGGAAGUCUCGCGAGUAGAACGGACAAUCACAAUCGAGAAAUACUUCCCGCAGCGGCGUGACAUUCCGGAUGCGAGGGCAGCCAGCCCUAACUUCAUCCCGGAGCUUAUCUCCACCACGGCUGUGAAAUCGGGGUCCUCACCUCCAUCUGUUCAAGGGGCCAUUGUUGUUCUUGAAUUUAGCAGGGUAAUAGGUAGACAGCCUGUCCCCUCGGAGCAAGAUGUCAUUCUACCUCCUGCUGUGUUGAUCGAGAUCGGCAUUGGAAUUUUUCUUGAUCGACAUUGGUCAUUUCUGGUGUGACGUUCAGCCGGUCUUCCUGGACUUGCGAGAUGUCAGUUGCUGCUUACUGCCGAGAAAACGAGGCUCAUCGAGAUGCGCAUUAGAUUGGAAUUGGAAGCUGGAUGGCCGCAAGACCCGAGGUAGAAUGGCAGGCAGUCUACAUUGCCCGCAGCCGCUACGAUAAGCUUACCUGGCCGAAGGGAACAACUGCAGAGAUGAUCUUGCACGCACGGAGGAGCGACGUUAUUGGUGAUAUGCUGGUUGACGGAGACAAGGGCACUCCAGCCCUGCAGCUUCUCGGCCCCUGAAUCCAUCCCCCUCAUGUAAUGGCCUAGUGAUAGACGCUUGCGA